UACCCACCAUGUGCUAUUAUUAUGUCAUUGUGGCUGUCGUUCUGGCGUCUUAAUCUGCGGAGAGAAGAGAGAGCGCUAUUCUUCGGGAGAAGAAGAUGGAAGGAGUAAAUGAAGUGGAGAGGAAGGAGGUGAAUUUGAAGAAGAUGAAGGUGCUCUGUCUUCAUGGCUUCCGAACCAGUGGGAGCUUUUUGCGCAAACAAAUAAGCAAAUGGGACCCCUGCAUCUUCGAAGACUUCCACUUGGACUUCCCUGAUGGGAUUUUUCCGGCGGGUGGGAAGUCGGACAUUGAGGGCAUAUAUCCGCCUCCAUAUUUUGAGUGGUUCCAGUUCAACAAGGACUUCACGGAGUACACAAAUUUGGAGGAAUGCAUUUCAUACUUAUGCGAAUACAUGACAAAGAACGGUCCUUUUGAUGGAAUGCUUGGCUUUUCUCAGGGUGCAACAUUAUCGGCUCUUUUGAUUGGCUACCAAGCAAGGGAGAAGAUAUUGACGGACCAUCCGCCAAUAAAAUUUCUUGUCUCAAUCUCAGGGAGCAAGUUCAGAGACCCUAGGAUAUGUGACAUUGCCUACAAAGAUCCCAAUAAAGUAAAAUCAGUGCAUUUUAUUGGAGACAAGGACUGGCUGAGACAACCCUCUGAGGAGUUGGCUGCUGCCUUUGAUAGCCCAUUGAUUCUAAGGCACCCUCAAGGUCACACAGUCCCCAGGCUAGAUGAGAUAACAGUGAAGAAGCUCUCUGAAUGGACUGCAAGUAUACUCAAAAGGAGCAUCAUAUAUGAUGAUCCUGGUGUGGAAACCUGGAAAACCGAGGCAAACAAUGCCAAUGUAAAGCAAGAAGUUGUCACUGAUCCAAAGAGUAUGGAAGCCACAGAUACAGUGAAGGCUACAUUUACGGAAGGCUAGGUCUGGACGGUGAGGUUAGUGAUAAUUAGCAAGAAGCCGCCCAUGAAAGGGAUGUCACCUCCAAGGUAAUUGAAAUAAUAAAGACUUGGAGAGCCUCCAUCAUUCUGAUCAAGUGAAGGAACUCGGAGUUGCCAAAGAAAAGACUUUUCUCCCUUUUCAACAAACUGCAAACUCUAUUACUUAACUAUGAGCGUACUACUAUAAAUUUGCACAUUGAUGUCGCUGAAUUUUUAAUUUUAUUGAGAAAGUUAUUUGAGAAACAUUGUCAG